CACGCUAGAGAACGGCCUCGUACGAUACCAUGGUGACGACCCACGUGACAGCGUUAAGCCGUUUUGAUAAGAGGAGAAAUAGGUCUGUCGCACACACGUGGCUUCUGAUUGGUUACCGCUGCACCCGCCGAGAUGAACCGGAAUAAAAAUACACCACCGCGUCCCUCCAUUGGUUAGUGCUUCUUCGUACAUGCGACACAGGCGAGGAAAGACCCAAGUCAGCAGUUUAGUUUGGCACUAAACCUCGGAUUUGAUCACACUGUCUGAUGACGACAGUCGGUUUUUGGAUGCUCCCCGAGUGUUGCAUUUGUGGCUCACCAUGGAGGCAAAGUUAAAGAAGGAGCUGGGCACCUCUAUUUUGAAGACAGCUGGUCACGCAGGAGGGGGAUGCAUCAGCGAGGGACAGAGUUACGACACAGACACUGGGAGAGUGUUCGUGAAGAUAAAUCACAAGAGUCAGGCCAAAUUAAUGUUUGAUGGGGAAAUGGCCAGCUUGAAUGCCAUCUUGAAGACAGGCACCAUAAAAGUCCCCAAACCUGUGAAGGUUAUUGAACUUGAUACAGGGGGAGCUGUGUUUGUGAUGGAACAUGUAGACAUGAGAGGUCUUAGCAAGUACUCAAAACAGCUCGGAGAGCAUUUGGCAGCUAUGCAUCUUCACAACAAACAGCAGCUUGACAAACAAAAUAAAGAGCAACAAACAGUGGGAAAAGGAGCUGGGCAGUCUGAUCUCCCUGCAACUGAAAAAUUUGGUUUUCAUGUUCCUACCUGCUGUGGAUAUCUACCACAGGAAAAUGAGUGGCAGGAUGACUGGGUGACAUUUUACUCCACACAGAGACUGCAGCACCAGCUCAGCUUGGUGGAAAAGUCUUGUGGGGACAGGGAGGCCAGAGAACUAUGGUCCCAGCUACAGCUGAAGAUCCCUAAGUUGUUUGCAGAUGUGGAGGUUGUUCCUGCUCUGCUCCACGGAGACUUAUGGGGAGGCAAUGUGGCAGAGUGCACCGAGGGCCCGGUCAUCUUUGACCCUGCUUCAUUCUAUGGUCAUUCAGAAUUUGAGCUCGGCAUUGCAGGGAUGUUCGGUGGCUUCAACAGUUCUUUCUACUCUGCUUACCAUGACAAGCUUCCCAAGGCACCAGGUUUUGCUAAAAGAAACCAGCUAUACCAACUUUUUCACUAUCUGAAUCACUGGAACCACUUUGGUGGUGGUUACAGAGGUUCAUCGAUAAGGGUAAUGAGGGAUCUUGUGAAAUGAUUGAGCACUUGCCUGCUCAAAGAAACCCUCAUAUUUAACUCAAGAAAAGUUUUACAAAAAUGUUGACAGAGACUAAAUUUUUGAUUGACCUGUGACAUUGUUACUAAUUACUUACAAGACUGAGUGUUACUAGUUGCUUACAAGGCUGAGCAUGUUUUAUGGUCUGUUGUCUUCCAUUCCAUAUUAGAGAAUUUGUGGUAUAGACAGAGACAGAAGUCAUUCCAACCACAAACCUGUCUCCCCACCAAAAGACACAGACAUCAUAAUUUUCAUCUAAAUUGUAGUGGAUGAAAGGAAAGUUAUAAUAAUAAAGAUAAUCCACAUGAUGUGCCCAAAAACUUGUUUGUGGAUUGCUUAUGAAGUGUUAAAAAAUCUCAACCAUGCACAUUAACUAUUAAGUUUUACAUAAUUAAGUACAAAAGGCCUGUUAGAGUUUAGCUGCCUGGCUAUUAAUAUCUUGCAGAGCAAAGCCUCCAAAAUGUUGCUGUGUAGUUUUGGAACACUUAUGUUACAAUAUUACAAUUGUAACAUUAUAACUUAGUUGUACUACCAAUGCAUAUCCAAUAAUAAAAUAAAC